CAACUAACAUGAUUAGCCUGAUGGUCAAAUGAUUUCGAGCUAUUUAUGAGAAGGAAUUGUUUACUGUUAUAUAUUUGAACGUUGUUGAACAUGGCCCAAUAUUUGCCCUUGAGAUUGGAGUUCGUUAUCAUUUUCCAAAUGUAGCGUUACAAAUGUUCAGCGACCUCCCUGUUGAAUUACUGCAAUGUAUUUUUAUGUUACUCUCUCCUUGUACUGAUUUACUCACAGUACUCAAUGUCUGCAGACGGUGGAGAGAGGUUGGUCAGAGCGUCUUCAAGCUGCGUGAAAGUCUUAGUCUAUCUGCAUUUAAAAUGCAGAGGCCAUUGCAAUGGGUAUCUCCACAGCUAGCUACCUGUACAGAACGUUUCAAACACACAUCCCCAUCCAAGAGGUUUGGAGCAACCAUCAUAUUGAAAGAGCAGUUACUGUAUGUUUUUGGUGGUGCUACGAAGGAACUGACAGCUUUUAAUGAUUUAUGGACCUAUGAUUUAUCCACCUUCAGCUGGCAGCGUCUGAUUGGUAAAGGUGAGCUACCAACACCAAGAGCACAUGCUAAAGGUGGUUUUAUUGGAAAUCUACUUUAUCUGUACGGAGGUUGUCAAAGCUUUCAUAGAGCGGGAUCGGAACAUACGGGCCGUAUGGAUUGGUUAACUGAGUUGAAUAGUUUUGAUAUUUCGACAAUGCAUUGGUCACGUAUGCCGUUAUACGAAGUAAACCACUUAAGUCCUGUAUCACCACCUGCAAUUGCCGGCCAGUCUGGAUGCUUUCUCCCUAAAGGUGGAAUAGGCGAACCUAGUGUAUUGGUUUUAUUCGGAGGAAUGUGUCAAUCUCUUGGAUUGUGCGUUAACUACCUAUUUGUGAUAUCGCCGGAAAAUGGUUGUUGGAUUUCACUUUCUGAUACAACGGAUAAUUGUCAAGGUGACUGGCCAUCUGGGCGCUGUGGUCAUUCAACUUGCGCUCUUGAUUCAAAUAGAAUGCUUUUGUUAUUUGGGAAUUUGGAAUCACCUUUGGCCACUGACCAUUCUGUGCGUCGACAACAAGGAAUGUCAGUUAAUCCUACUUCGAGUAAUGAUUCUGAAUCAACUUCUAGUACACUUAACUAUCAUGGUCGACCGGCGAGAGAUGUAUGGAUACUUACACGUUGUUCACCAAGUAUUGGUCAAGAAUGGUUUGAAGUCGAUUGGUUCUGGACCAAAGUUCAAUGUACUGAGGGUAUCCCUGGAUGCCCACCGAUAGACUUUUAUCAUGCAACCGCAGUUUCACUUCCAUAUCGUGAAGACAGUAAGUCACUGUUGUUGACAAAGGACAGUAAUUUCAUUUCUGUACCGAGUGACAACGUUGGUACAAACAACUCAAUUGUACACAGUGUUUAUACUGUUGUUGUCAUCAGUCAACCUACCACAGCAUUGCUGGAUGAGGCAGCUAAACAGCGCAGAUAUUGGCAUCGCAUGAAACUCAACUCCGAGUUAAACAGUGUAACGUUUCAAAAUAAUUCGGUAGGUCAAGAUUCUCGUACGUCAGAUGAUGAUGUCAAUGACGAGGAUGAGGGGCAGCGUAAACAUUGUCAUUCAGCUGAUAUCACUGAUCGUGAAUCGACUGGGAUUUUGCAACUUCAGUCAUCUAGGCGUGCAAAUAACAGACGAGCACGAAGACUUGAAGCUUUAGCUAUUCAAGAACGAAGGCUGUUUGGAACACGUAACCUGAUCCCUAAUGAAGUUAAUACAUCAUCAUUUGCUAGAUCAUUUUCAUCAAAUCAAAGUUCAUCCAAUCAUAACCAGUAUCCUUCUAACCACGUAAAGCUUGAAUGUGCUUAUCGUCCCUUGGCUCUGUAUACACUCAACAUUAUAUACUCUCAUUCUGAUGCAUCAUAUAGUUCUGAAACUAAAAUUCACUUCACAGAAAAUACAGCUAAAGGUGUUUGGUUGGCACCUGUCAAACAAAAUUAUCUAGAUCUUUAUUCCGCACCACCUGAAUGUUUAGGUUUUUCAUGUGCUUUUGGUCAUGGCUGUUUAUUUCUUUUUGGUGGUUUGACUGACUCAGAUGAUAUUAGACCAAAUGAAAAUGUGAAUACAUUUCACCCAUUAGUUAAUGGAUCGCAAAAUCGUAAUGAUAAUGAUCUAUAUCAACGACACAAUAAUUCACUAACCUUACAAUCGUCCAGGUCUUCAGUAUUAAAUGAAUCUCUUACACAAGGACAUCUUGUUUCUUGUGUAAAUCAUUCACCAGAUACAAUUUAUCCCAAUCCUUUGGGUACCGCUCAGUUUUUCGUUCUUCGUGCACGUGCACUCGCUGGUACUAUAAUUUAAUUUGGCCAUUGUUUAUGUCGAUUGAUCCAGGCUAUUUGCAGCAUGUAAACAUGUGGUAUAUAUAUAUAUAUAUAUAU